UACACCACAUUGAUGUAGUCGGAAAACUGGGACCGCAGUAACAUAUGUGACUUCGUUGUAAAACUUCUACUCUGAAAGAAGUCAUUCUGAAGGAGCUUCACAUGUUUAAUCUUUGGAAGCAGCACUGAUUGGAUGCAGAGAAAAUGGGGCAAAAAUCAUCGCAACAGUUACCCCUGAAGGACAGCAAAGAGGUUUCUGGCGUCUGUGAGGUGGUCACUGAAGCUAUAGUCCAUGCAGCUCAGAAACUGAAGGAGUAUCUUGGAUUUGAAGAUCCUCUCAGCAAUCUGUGGCCAGCUUCAAAUACUCUGAAUGAGAUCUUCUUAAUCCACUUUAUUACUUAUUGCCAAGAAAAGGGAGUUGAUGAGUGGCUCACCACCACCAAGAUGACCAAGCACCAAGCUGUUCUGUUUGGUGCAGACUGGAUUUGGACCUUUUGGGGAUCUGAUAAACAAAUCAGGCUUCAGCUGGCAGUGCAGACUCUGCAGAUGUCUUCUCUUCCUGCUGUGGAAUCUAAGCCUUACAACUUCUCAAAUCUAGAAUCCAAGGCAGAGGAGUCUUCCAGGAAGAGAAGUCGAUUUGAUAAGCUGGAAGAGUUCUGUAACUUGAUAGGAGAGGAUUGUCUGGGCCUGUUUAUCAUCUUUGGGGUGCCCGGAAAGCCCAAAGACAUCAGAGGAGUUGUCCUGGACAGUGUCAAAAGUGAGACUGUGACGGGCCAUCUGCCAGGAGGGAAGGCCGUGGCACAAUUUGUCCUGGACACGGAAGAUUGUGUCUCCAUCAGAGAGCUGAUUGGGAACUGUCUGAGUAAGGAAGAUGGGCUGAGAGAGAUGGGCAAGGUUUAUAUUAGCAUCCUCUGAACUGAAUGUGCACAAUGAGACUGGCCUGUAAGGCAAAAAGAAAAAAAUAUUUCACUUUAGUAGACAAGCUCAUCCUCUUGCAUCAUCCCAGCAUGAGAUUUAAUAAUCUAUAUUGUAUGUAUACACCAUAAUAUAUUUAAGCAAUACUAUUUUGAUGGAUAUUUAGAUUGCAAAGUCCAUUCACAUACCUGGAUAUUGUCUAUCCUGCCUGUGAGUAGACACACUUUGUUCACUCACUUUUUAAAAAGUUCAUUCUUACUAAAAGUAGCUCCCUGACAGAAGUCACUGGAUUAAUCCAGGUUUUAGAUAUAAUAAAAGCCCAUUCUAAAAAACCUUGUUAUUUAAAAUCAUUCCACACAGCACUGGCUACAUAACUUGUGGGGUCAUAGUUUGAUCUUAAAAGCUGAAGUAAAGAUUAUCACAAGCAAG